AUUUAUCAUGGCGAAAUCCGAAUUACAUUUUACCUAUAUUUAUUUAAGGUCGUUUUUUUCUAACCUGAAUAUUGACUACGGUCACGGAAUUUUCGUUUAAUAGAAUGACAAUCUUGUAAGGGGGUUGGAGGUCGAGCGGGAGGUGGAGGCAAACGGUGAUCGGUACCCGACACGAAACACUAAAUUCUCACAGAAUAUAUGCCAAUUUUAGUUGCAACUAUGCAAGCACACCGUAUUGUUUCACUUUUAAGUUGAUUACUUUAUUUUAUCCCUGAAAUGUUUUACAACGAAGAAACGCAAACGGAUAUCUCUUUGGCUCAGAAAGCACUAAAUAAUAAAGUUGUUAAAGAAGGAAUGGACCUAUGGAAAAAGCAGAAGGACUUCGCAAAAGUUAAAAAAAUCAAGGAGCAACAAGAGAUGAGAGAUAUGUUAGAACGGUAUUGGCCUUGGAGUGGCGCAUCAAAUAUUAAACCCAGGGGAUAUAAAAAUUUACGAUUGGAGGAGUUAUAUCCAAAUAAUGAUUAUCAAAAUGCAAAGAGGUUUGUGGGUGUUCUGGAGUGGGGAAAGCCUGGUGGAGGCGCUCCCAUGUCAAAUACCAUAAAAACAAGAGAAGAUCCCUUACUAAGAUUUCAAUUUGGAAAAGAUUUAAGAAAAUCGGUGGACAAUAAUUUGCGGUAUAAAACUAAUAAAACGGAUCAGCAAAUUUACAAAAAACAAUUAGAUCAAUUGGUAGAAGAAAAGAAAAUUAGACAAAUACAAGAAAAACUAAACGUAGAAAAUAUAACGAGAAAGCAAGGUUGGUCAACACAGCCGACUUUAGCUGCAUUGCAGGAAAAAAAUACAAAUAAAAAAGAUAUAAAACCAAAUAACUGUGAAGCAAAAGAUAGUUCCUUCCAAUUUAGUAAGCCCGUAAAUGUGGAUUAUAGCAAUUAUCAAAAAGUUAAUUUUGCAAGGAAGAAUCGUAAACUCUCCCCCUUAUCACAUAAAAAAGAUAAUGGAGUUGAGUUGGUUACGUUAUUGGCUAAAGAUAGGAAAUUUCCCCCUAAAAUUCCGUUGACUACUACGGAUAUCACGUCUGAGAAAAAACUAGGAAAAGAAACUAUAUGGAAUAGGGAAGGGUCCGCUUACCUAAAAGAACUUACUAAUCAAAUGAAUUUCAAACGUCAAAAAUUAAAGGAAAUCAGGGCUCAAGAAAACGAAAAUGUUCAAAGACAUUUUUCAACGUGGGAGAAAUUUUGGGGAAGGCCUGGAAAUGGUGCUCCAUUACCCGAAAUUAAAAAACAAUGCCUUGAUCAAUUGUUGUAUCCUAAAUUUAUGCCCAUUAGUACUCGUAUAGGAAUUGCCGCAUAGUUAACAAUAAAUAAAUUAUUACCUAAUCAUG